AUGAGCAGUGGAAACCGAGUUUUGUUGUGUAAAUCAGUUUCUUCGCUCAUCUUCACCAUACCUUCCUGUCUUUCUUGCACUCAACUUAGAUCCAAAUUCGUUGCAGCUCGCGCCUGGUCUCCCGCUGCUUCUAGGCUUUAUCGCCGAAUGGCCGCCGCAGCUUCAUCCUCCCCGUCCUCGGUUAACACCACUUCGGGCAAUGUCAAUGCUUCUUCUUCGCCGGUCGACGACGCAGCUUCUUCUGCUUCCUCUGCCAUUGAUUUCCUCUCUUUAUGUCACCGCCUAAAGACAACAAAAAGAGCAGGAUGGAUACGUAAAGAUGUUAAGGAUCCAGAAUCAAUAGCGGAUCAUAUGUAUCGAAUGGGUUUGAUGGCUCUGAUUGCUUCAGAUAUCCCUGGCAUAGACCGAAACAAGUGUAUAAAAAUGGCUAUUGUUCACGAUAUUGCUGAAGCUAUUGUUGGGGAUAUUACGCCAUCAGAUGGUGUUUCAAAAGAAGAAAAGAGUAGACGAGAACGAGAAGCACUUGAUCAUAUGUGUAAAAUGCUAGGUGGAGGAUCUAGAGCAUCGGAAGUAGCUGAGUUAUGGAUGGUAUGA